AUGGCAACACUUGAUGAUUUCUUGCCCAAUGUGACAACACAGGAUACUAGGAAACGGAUACAGGCUCAUGGCGAUCUGAUCCCGUUUCUAAGUGACCCACACAGCUCUUUAUCAUGUGGAGAUAUUGAUGAGUUGAUCAAUGGACUUGUAGGAUGGGUCAACAGCAGCAACUACAAGGUGUCCGUCAAUGGGCUGGAGGUAUUGUGUCUCAUGGUCGACCGGAUGGGAGAGGACUUCAAACAUUAUGUGUCUCAGGUGCUGCCGUCUGUAAUAGACCGCCUGGGAGACUCCAAAGAUCAGGUUCGAGAUCAAGCCCAGCAAUUACUGAUGAAGCUAAUGAUGCCUGCCACAUCCCCUGGGUAUGUGUUUGAGAGGAUGAUGAGUGCAUUUACACACAAGCUAUGGCAUGUCAGAGAAGGAGUCCUCAUCUGUCUACAGAACACUCUAAACACGUAUGGAGCAAGGUGUCUACACCUGUCCAAGAUAGUACCAAACAUCUGUAAACUGCUGGAUGAUCAAAAUAGCCAGGUUCGCGAGACAUCUAUCAACACACUAGCAGAAAUCUACAGACAUGUUGGGGAGAAAGUGCGCUCAGAUUUACUCAAGAAAGGAAUCUCUCAGCAAAGAUUAAACCAGAUAUUUACUAAGUUUGAUGAGGUGAAGAUGUCAGGAAAUAUGCUUGCAACAGCACAUGACUAUGCACCAAGUCGGGGAGGCACUGAUGAUGAGCUCGACUUUGGCCGACCGUCCUCCUACCGUAGUGGCCAGACCAAGCGCAGUACUAGUUCGUCCUCCGUACCCAGAGCUCCAAGCCGAGGGCCAUCUGAUUGUGAUGAUAAUGAAUUUGCUCGGCCUCUAUCCACUAAAGUCCCACAGGCCAAGAAGACGAGCAGCAGUGGCCUUGCCUCAGGGAGAAAGACACCCAGUGCCUCAGCCGUCACCCUGAGACGUCGUCGAUCCAUAUCUAGCACAGGAUCAUCAGGAGCAGGCAGUGUGGAUGAGGAUUAUUUCAUGAAGUCCUUUGAAGAUGUAGCCAAAGUACAGUUGUUUUCCUCAAGAGAUCUCCAUGAUCAGAUGACAAAGAUCCGAGAUACGCUCUCCGAUCCAAACACAGCCUGGGAAAAACGUCUUGAUAUGAUGAAGACGUUGCGAGGCGUCAUGAUUGCAGGAGGUGCUCAACAUGACGAUUUCCUUUCUCAACUGAGGACUUUAGAACCUUGUAUGUCUAUGGCGGUCAAGGACCUUCGUUCACAGAUUGUGAGAGAGGCCUGUGUCACUCUAGCAUACCUGUCACAACAGCUUGGCAAUAGAUUUGAUCACUUCACGGAGACGCAGCUGCCUAAUCUCAUAGCUCUCAUCCCCAAUAGUGCCAAGGUCAUGGCGUCUUCAGGCAUUAUUUGUAUCCGAUUCAUCAUUCAGUACACACAUUCUUAUAGGCUGAUACCAAUUAUCACAGGGAACCUAACCUCCAAGUCUAAUGUCAUCCGCAGGUUUUGUUGUGAGAUUCUGAACCAGGUGCUGCAUCACUGGCCAACACACGUCCUAGAGAAACACAUAGCCAACCUACAGGAUGCAAUCAAACGGGGAAUCAGUGAUCCAGACAGUGACGCCAGGGCCUUUUCUCGCAAGGCUUUUUGGGGAUUUGCGGAACAUUUUAAGGAUCAGGCUGAUGCCCUUCUCAAUGCCUUGGAGCCUGCCAAACAGAAGAUGCUUCAAGGAGAACUGAGUGGUUCAUCAAGUAAUAACUCCUUAAACAGUGCAGAGGGGCUACGUAUAAAAUCUCGGCCACGAUCAGCAAGUCAGGAUCGUGGAUUUGACUCCAGUACACUUGGACGGAUAGGAAAGAAAAAGCAUUCCAGAGUCAGUUCAGCGCGUAGUGACACAGGAGCAGCUGACCUUGAUACUCCUAUACGCAGUAGCAGUAAGUCAUCCAAUACACCCAAGGACAGAAUCGUGAGGUCAAGCAGUGCAGUUGACCUGGCCAAUGGACGCACAAGUCCAAGUCCGUAUGGACGGACAUCUCCAAGUCCAUAUGGGCGCACGAGUCCAGGCCCAUAUUCAAUUGCAGCCACAAGUUCAGGAUAUUCAACGUACACACCGCGGCGUCGCACGCCAGCACAAGUUGCGGCUCUGUCACGGAUGACAGCCGGUGCCACAACUUCACUUCCGCGACAGAAAAGCUCUGCUUCAAGUGUGUUAUCUCCUCCUGAACGAAGCCGACCCCGUGGACGAACCACAACCUCCUCACAAUCUCAACCCAACAGCCGUUCAGGGUCUCCCUCGUCGCGUCUAAGUUAUCUCACACACACAACAGGCCGCGCAGAGUCCACCAUGACUCCUGGACGUCCCCGCAGGUCAGGGAUUGCCCGAAGUCAAGGAGCGAGUCGAGAGGGUAGCCCUACUCGCAUGAACCUACAGCCAGGUCGUGAGAGAAGGCUGAGUGGCAGCAAGCUACCUGCAAACAAAGGCGGCAAGGGAGAUGUGAUGGCCCAGAGGUUGUUACGCCCAGGUUCAGAGUUGGAAGAUGCGAUGGCGGAUGCUCUGUCGCCAAGGGGAGAGCACCCAAAGCACAAAGGUCCGAUGCGGAGACGUUACGACACAUAUGACUCUGAUGAUGCGGCCAGUGAAACAUCAAGUGUUUGUUCAGAGCGGUCCUAUAGUUCUCUGGGACGAACUUCAGAGGCGUCCUCCACUGAGUUUGACAAGUGGUACUAUCGACUCCCGACACCCACACAGGACACUGCUGAAAUUAUCACCCUUAUAGCUAGUGGAUCUUACACAGACAGAAAGGAAGGUCUCAUAGCCCUACAGCAUCUCCUGAGGGCACAUCGAUAUUUAAAUCGUGUGGAACUGAGAAAAGUGACAGAAGUGUUUGCCCGCAUGUUCCAUGAUCCUCACAGUAAAGUGAUGAGUCUAUUUUUAGACACGCUCGUAGAUCUGAUGAAUGUUCAUUCUCGUGACCUAACCGAUCAGCUGUAUAUGAUAAUGACACGCCUACUAAUGAAGACAGGUGCCGAUAUGCUUGGCUCCGUCCAGGCCAAGGUUGCCCGGGCUCUCGAGGGAGUCAGGGAAAACUUUCCAUGUGAUCAACAGUUCAGCAUUUUAACGAAGUUACUUAUCGAUCAAACACAAUCUCCUAACCUCAAGCCAAAGGUGAAAACCAGCAUCCUCCAUUACAUGCAUGGCCUCGUGGGAGACAUGGACCCAUCAGACUUCAUGAAUUCCACUGACACACGACUCGCUUUAUCUCGGAUCAUCAAUUUCACAACGGAACCAAAGAGUGCUGACGUCCGAAAGGGGGCACAAGCUGUUCUCAUAGCAUUGUUCAACUUAAAUCCUCCUGAAUUCUCUGUCAUGUUGUCACUGUUACCGAAAGCAUUCCAGGAUAGUGCGACUAAGAUUUUACAUAACCACAUCCGAACUGCCAGUCAUGGUCACGAGAGUGAGGUCCUGUCACCACGAAACGUCACCAGUCCUCCCAAAAACAGGAGUCGACCUCCAUCAAGAGGUGGACACAGGGACGAGGCAGAGACGGAAAACAUGAAUCCAGAAGAUAUUUACGAUUCCAUUAAAAAGACUUCAGCUGACAUUCAAAAUCUUAGUUUUAAUAGUAAAUUAGAAAAUUAUGAGGAUGUUAGGAAGAAAAGAGAAUUCACUUCUCAGGAUAGUGGUAUUCAGGAUUUACGCAACGACAGUCCAGAUGCUGCAGACUCGAGAAAGGGUCAUUAUAAUCCUUCCCAUUACCAGGAUGAGGGUACCUUGAAUGGCUAUAACAAGUCUCGAUUAGCAGAUACAGAAUUUGAUGAUAGUGAAAUGUUUAAUGAAGAUCCCUGGAAAGCAUUGCUUGGUAUAUCAAGUACCAGCACCGAUGAAUGCUCAGAAAACGAUAUUAUAUCAGACAUCCUUACCGAGUUAUCAAAUCAUAAUGAAAGGAAUGAUGAACGUAAGAAUGCCAUGUUGUCUCUGAUAAAACUCACCAGGGAAGGUACAUUUGGUCUGUGGGACGAACACUUCAAAACAAUCCUGUUGAUUCUGCUGGAGACGCUGGGCGACAAUGAUGGGCAAGUACGAGCCUUAGCACUACGGGUAUUAAGAGAAAUUUUACGAAAUCAGCCUCAGCGAUUUAGAGAUUAUGCAGAACUGACAACACUUCGCAUUCUGGAGGCACAUAAAGAUUCAGUGCGGGAGGUGGUACGAUCUGCAGAGGAGUGCGCAGACACACUGGCCAACUACAUCCCUCCAGAACAGAGUGUACGCAUCCUCAACCCUAUCAUACAGACGGCACAAUUCCCCAUCAACCUUGCCGCCAUCAAGAUGCAGAAUAAGGUGAUAGAACUAUUACCUAAGGAGACAGUGGAGUCCAUGAUGGGGGAGAUGAUCCCAGGACUACUAAGGGGGUAUGAUGACCAACAGAGUACCGUGAGGAAGGCUGCCGUGUUCUGCCUAGUGUCCAUAUAUCUCACAGUGGGGGAAGUCAUUUGGAAUCACUUAACUAAACUCAACUAUAGCAAGCUUAAAUUAUUAAACCUGUAUAUCAAGCGUGCCCAGCAGAAAGAAUCUGAGAAGAAGGUUUUGUCUCCCAACGCCACAGACUCGUGAGGCAUAACAGGAUCCAUAGCUGGAAUACACCAGUGAUCCCCGCACCUGUAGUGGAUCUACCCAAAUCCUGAAUUCUUAUUGGAUAUCAGAUGUCAUGUGAUUGAUAUCAGAACUUUUCAUUGGAUGUAUGAAUGGUGGAAGUUGGGGGUGCAUCCUCAUUUUAUUUCAGACAUCAUUGAAAUAGGAUAUCAUUUAGGAUGUUGAUUGUGUGGUAUACCCAGCUGGCAACCAGGAACCCUUUGGUGCCGAGUUGGCUGGAUAUUUCAUUGUACAACUUGAGCUUCAGUCUGAAGUGCUUACAUGACACAUGGUGUAGUACUUUGCUUCCACUGGAUAUUCUGUAUCAUGUGACCAGUGUCAUUGAAGGAUAAUUUUUUCAAUCAUCUUGCUUCAGAAUGUACCGUCAACGAUAUGGGCCAUAUCUUAUAUUACGUCAAUCAGUGUUCCAGUGAACCGUCACAUCAAAAUUGUGUGGUCAAAGAUAACACUUAAGAUCCAAUCAGAUCAGAAUGAUUGUAUUUACCAUUAUAAGCCAAUCAGAAUUAUUGUACCAAUUUUAUUAAAGCAUUUAAUGACCUGCCAAUCAUGUAACUCCCUUUUUUUAUCUGCCUCACAUGUAUAAGACCUUGUGACUCCUGUGGAGGCAAUGUGGAACAGACCCUCAAUGAUGAUGGGCCAGUCCAAUGCAGUUCAUGGGAUGACAGGUAGGGAUGAAAAGUCCAAGGUCAUUACAUAGAUAUACUUAAAUGAUACUAGUCUUGGUGUAGUUCCAUAGUUUUUUUGUUUUUUUUUUUGUUUUUUUGUCAUAAUGUGUUGACAUCUAUAUAUGAUCAAAAUAUGGCUACACGCAUGAUAUUAUUACUGAUUUGAUUUGCUGGGCUGUGUUCAUUGUCAGCAGAGUGUUUUAAUCGUAUCAUAAUUACAAGUGUUGUUGUGAGGAAGAUGAGCAGAAGUUUACCUGAGUGUGACAGUGUUCUUUUAUUUCAAAGGAAAAAGGCUUUGUUUAUUUCUCACGAGAUGACAUCGAUCUUUAUCUAAGCAAUGAUUUUGUGGUUAAAUGUUUGACAUUCUACCAAUGAAAACUCUUAUAAUACGUUAUGUAUGCUAUAGUGUAUUAAAUGUGAUAUUGCUGGUAAGUCUUGAGGAAAAGUUUUAUCACCUGUGUGAUCUAAGGGUUUUUAACAUCCAGUAUAUGUACAUAUUGUCCAGCAUUCCACAGUAACAUACCAGUAUUGUGAAUCCUUCUCUAUCACAUCCUUGUAUCAAACCUCAGAAAACUUGUUUGAUGUGAUACAAAACUUCUUCAGGCCUUGGCUUAACCGUACAUAGUAUACAGAUACCAUAGUCAUACCAUGUCAACAUAGUCGGAAUAUAGACUUAUUUUCACAACCACAACACGUCAUUUAGACUUGUUUAAAGUUCAAAGAUAUGGUCUUAGCUUGUUUCAGAUCAGAACAUUAUUGCCAAUCUGGCUGGUUCCGUCACUCAUAGUAACAAGAGUUAGCACCUAGAACUUUCUUACUGCCAAUCGAAGCAAUUCCUCUCAUGGUCAUUGAACAUUUUACAUAGUGUCUAUCAUAUUGUGGCCGUGGUUUAUGUCGUGUUGGAAAGACCCUGUGUAGACUUGUGAGGUUUUUUCUUGUUAAGUGACAUACAAUUGUAUUUUUGGUUGUCAUAUAAUAGCAAUAUCCCGAUUAAUUUGUCAUACAUUUUAACUCUGAUGUGAACACAACACACUUCAUACCAUACAAACAAGCCUAAGAGAAUAAUGUUAUGGUACCAGCUUCUUUCAAAUCUGACAUUAUAGAUGUUUCUACGAGAUGGCCAUCAUGGACAGGAUGGUCCUAUAAUGUAUGUGUGUAUAUCUGAUGCUCCAUGAUCCUAUAGACAGACACAGGAUUAUAAAAGCUAUUUAGGAGAGAGUCCAGUUCUGCUUCAGUUGACUGUGAUGUAUAUCUAAUAUCUAAGUGUAUAAGGGAGUGAACUGCAUCUGUAUACCUGAGAGUUGACUGGUUGAUGCGAGAUCAGAAAUUGUCAUUCUGUGUAUUCUUGAGAACUGGCUAUUGUAUAUCUAUAAAUAAAAAAACUUUAUUCAUUUUACAACAAUCAUGAAACAAGUUUUUCCAACUUAAAUUAGCCACUCUUGUUGGCCUGGAUGGAAGUAUGUCUUAUUGUGGGAGGAACCCAAGUACCCCAGGGAAAACCUAGGUGGUCAGACUGGUGACCACAUACCUUUUCACAUCCAUUCUGGGAGUUGAACCCCGGAUGUCUAGGUGAAAGGCAAGCGCAUUAACACAGCACUACUCAACCACCCUGUAUUCUAUAUUUGUCUUUCAAUACGCCCAGUGAGCCAAUGCUUAACCCGAAAGCUUAGACUCAAAAGUAGGGAGAUCGGUUUACCCUGUAACCUUUCACUCAGAGGCAUGGGGCUUGAGAUUGAGAAUAUUCCUGUAGGAGUAGCCAUAUUUAUAUAUAACAGUUAAAACUAUACAUCAACACUAUUUGGAUAAGUGGAAGUUUUUACACAGUGGUACUUAAAUAUUACAUUUUAUAGUCAUAAUUAGCCUUUUCUUGCAAUGCCAUGUCAGAACAGAUUUUUAUCAUUGGAAUGAAAUUUUAAAACAUUUCAGCAGCCCAUUAUGCUAAAUCUAAUUGUGAUAUAAUGAUUUAAGGCUGGCUGUGACAGUUAUAUUUGAAAGAGGCCGAAGAAGCAUAAGAGUUUUCAUUAGUCUUCAAAUUGACAGAGUUAGGUGACAGUCAUUUUAAACCUCAGUUAAGAAAAAGGUGACAAAAUUAAAUGUCAGUUUCUGUUUAUAGUCAUUAAUCAUAUAAGCAUUCCCCAGAUUGAACAAAACGGAAAUAUUAUACUUCCUCUUUGUAAAUAUGACAACUGAUUUCUGUUGGAAUGAAAAAUUAAUUGAAAUACAAAAAUAAAGUGAACUUCUAUGGCACUUGUUAUCAUUGAAUGCCACUCACCGUUUUGCCUACAACAAUAUAUACAUUUAAAAUGUUACAAAAACAUCAAGUGUUGAUUUAAAUGAAAUUUUUUAAUACAAUACUGUAGUCCUUGACAACUUCAAAAAUGUCUUCUUGUCUCAGUGUGUUGUGUCAGGUGAAUAGUGUGUACUGUUGAGAAUGUGGGCCAUUUUUGUUUGAGAAUGUCUGCUCUAUUUAUUACACUUACAAGUGCGCUGUGUGUUUCUCAUUCGCCCAUGCUCUUGAAUGUUUGAGAUUGGAAAGCAGAAUUUAUGAAAGGUGACAAGAGUUUGAUUGAACUUGACAACAUGUAUCUAGAAUCAUUUGGAUAUUGUAUGUAAGACUUCUAUCACAGAUUCUAAUUUUCAAAUUACAAUUUCUUAUUGUUUGAAGUGAUUAAUUAUAAAGAAAAGACUGCCAUACUGUUUUCAUAUUGAGUAAAAGUGCAUCAUUUGAUUUGAAUUCAAAUAAAUGAUCUACCAAUCAAAGUGCUUGAAGGAUAUGCUUUCUGAGAUCAUGAGACCUGACCUCGAGAUUCAUUGGUGUGGAAAGUUGUGCGAUAUAUUUCUGCAUCAAAUACUUAAAUCUUACAAGAUACAGAUAACUUGUACAUGAUAAUUAUGUCUAUUUACAGUAUCAUAUGUAGGCGUUGUAUGCCAGUUAUAAGGAACACUAUAUUAAGGAACUCUGUAUCGCUCAAUUCCUUUCACUUAUUGGAUAUAUAUAUAUAUAUAGCAUACGAGAUGUGAUCAUCUUGCCUCUUAUUUCUGGAAAGUUCUGUUAAUUGGUGAAGUAAACAUGUACGAUAUCAUACAUCCUUGUCUCAGUCCUGUUUUAGGAAAAGCUCAAAGCUGUUUUCACAAAAAGGAGAGUUCCUGAUUAUGUAGUAUAAUGAUAUUCCUUUCCAUCCCUAAAUAAAUGGACAAUAAAUGGAAUUUGCUUAUAGGGAUUUAGAUGGAUCUUAGAAUGAAUACGGGGGUGCUAUAUCAAUUAUAUGUUAUAUACAGAAUUUUGAUUUCAUGGAACUCUCCUUUUUUUGCAAAACACAUUAGAUGUCUGUGAGAAGUGGUCUCAAAUUUUCUUAAGUGGUAAAAGGAUGGAAGUUGUCUCCUCCGUAUAAUCCUAUACUGUAGGGAUUUGUUCUUGUUGAAACUGGUGAUUUGUAUUGAAGACAGGGUAUACUGUAUAGCUAGCCCUGAUGUACCUAUUUUGUGUAUCUGUAUAAGCAGGAAGUAUAUCUAUACAUUUAGUGGAAAUCGUAAACUACCGUCAAAGACUCAAUUCUUCACAGCUGCAACACAAAUCAUGAUUCAAACAUGUUUUAGAUGUAUCUAAUGAAUUAUUUGUGAGUAAAUAUCAUGCACCUUUAUUAAGCCAAUUUAGUUUUAUUUGAAAACCAGUUAAACUGGUCAAGAAAAUGUUAAAAUGCAAAUUUUUGUGUUGUUUGGAUAUUGUGAAUUAAAAAAGAAUACUGAUUUUAUCAGCUGCAUGAUGUUUUAAAGUAUGUGCACACAGAUUGUUUGAAUCAUUUCUUGGGUAUGGUGUUUGUGUGUAUUGUUUGUCAAUUCUCCAUCACUUUUACAUGUAAUUGUAUACUGAAACAAUACUUGAUAAAAUCCUUGAUGCUUGUUGUGUCCCAGAAUAUGUUGAACUGGUUUCCGUACAUGUCUCAUUUUUGUAGUUUUGCUCUUUUAAAUGUAGAGUUAUUCCCCUUUUAUAAGGAAACUUAUACUGCCACUGUUUUUUUUUUUAAGUAGAAACGAAACUCUUUGAUGGAAGAGAUGAUGAUGUUUUUUUUUAAGUCUGGUCCACUUUUAAGAUAUAUGUUAUCAUAAACUGUGAGCCUUAACAUUCAUUUAAAAGUGAUUUGUGACAAUACUUGUUUAACUGAAUAUUAACUUUGAUUUCUAAAUUUGAGUUCCUGAAAUUCAUUAGCUGACCCACUUAAAGGUGUGAAUGAAUCAAUACCAGUUUGGAAAAGAAAAUGGUUCAGCUAAAAUAUUUCUGUAAAACCAAACCAGAAAUAUUUGAAAGCUCUCAACUCCAGUAGUUGUCUGUCUUUUGAUGACCUGAAAAAUUGUAGAAGUUUUGGGCUCGGCUGGCAAGAAGGGCCAAGCAAGCCAUAGGGAUACCGGGACAUUGGUCUUCCAACAUCCAUCAACAUUUCCUUUAAAUCACUAGACAUGAAUGCCUGACAGGAUUUUAACCAUCUUUGCUCUGAAACUUGCCUUGGGGAAGGGGAACAAAUUUUGUAAAAAAGAAAAUCUAUUAAUUUCUAUGACUCUAUCUUAUUCCCUAGGAAUGAUUCUUGGCUAAAGGGAAAUUAAUUUUGUAUUAUUGGAUUGGUUUCAGCGACCAGGGGCAGGGAAUGCAGGACCCAGUAGGGGAAAUAGAGCAAUUAUUUGAAAUUCUUUUAUUCUUGUAGGGAUGAUAAGAUUUUGCCCAAAUUUGGUCCGAAGCAUUCUUCAUUGAAAGGGAAUUACAUUUUUUAUAAACGUUGGCUUUUGGCCCCAUGGGGCAGGAGGAGUGACACCAGAUAUUGGAAAUAGAACAAGUUAUUUAAGAUUUUUCUUUUCCUUUAGUUAGAAUUACCUAAUCAAUUUCAGCAAACUAAACCAUAUGAGUGAUACAGGCCCUAUGGGCCACUUGUUCUCCCAUAACUUUUUAUUACUCUUUGUAAUAUAAAUGUAAUGGAAGUUUUUCAAUAAAUAGAAUUGACAAAACAAUGUUAGAUGUAAGAUAGGUAGGUUACACUCAUAUCUUACUAAUAACCAGAUAUAAUGAUACCGAGUGCAUUACUCUUAAAUACAUAAAUAGAUGCAGAGAUUACGAGAUGAAUGUUUCUGUUGAUAAUUUCUUUCUACUAAACAUACUGUUGAUGAAUUCUAUUUCAUGUGGCUGCCUUACUUAGUAAGUUAGUAGGUUCAUAGAGGUUGAAAUAGCGCAUAUUUUGUCCAGUUCCUUGUAAUAAAGUAUAUUCUGUAAUAAGCACCUCGCAUCUUGCCUGUUUGUGUCAGCAAAAUGUUCACUGAAUGUGUCAUUUAAGAGAAUGAUAAUAAACAGAUAAAGUGUUGGUAUUUGAUGUGCAUUACGUAAACAUGCCUUUGACAUAUCACAUGAUUUCUCAUGAUGACAAUGUUUAACAUGUUUACAUACAGUCAUAAAGGACAUAUCUGACGUUGAGGUAUGUCCACAUGCACAUGAUUUUGACACACGGCUGACACAACAGGUGUUAAAGGCGAUAUGCUACCUUUACCAGAGAUGAAACGAUGACAUUGUCGCCUUAAUGUCAUUCAAGGCCAGAGAUUUGUGAUGCAAUUGAAAAGAGUGUUAGAAAUUAAUCAACAAAAUCCCCCUAGCCAGUUAUACAUAAAGAAUAUCUUUAUAAUCUUCUGUACAAGAGGUACACAUCAGAUGUAAGGUAGCAUACAACCUUAAGUUAGGUGCUAGAUAAUUAGAUGUUGUUCUGUGGUAUAUGUAGUUCUCAGAUUUUAAAACAGUGUUACACUAAGAGUGUAAUCUGUUUACACUGGUGACUACUAGAAAUGUAAUCUGUUUACACUGGUGACUACUAGAAAUGUAAUCUGUUUACACUGGUGACUACUAGAAAUGUAAUCUGUUUACACUGGUGACUACUAGAAAUGUAAUCUGUUUACACUGGUGACUACUAGAAAUGUAAUCUGUUUACACUGGUGACUACUAGAAAUGUAAUCUGUUUACACUGGUGACUACUAGAAAUGUAAUCUGUUUACACUGGUGACUACUAGAAAUGUAAUCUCUUUACACUGGUGACUACUAGAAAUGUAAUCUCUUUACACUGGUGACUACUAGAAAUGUAAUCUGUUUACACUGGUGACUACUAGAAAUGUAAUCUCUUUACACUGGUGACUACUAGAAAUGUAAUCUCUUUACACUGGUGACUACUAGAAAUGUAAUCUCUUUACACUGGUGACUACUAGAAAUGUAAUCUGUUUACACUGGUGACUACUAGAAAUGUAAUCUCUUUACACUGGUGACUACUAGAAAUGUAAUCUGUUUACACUGGUGACUACUAGAAAUGUAAUCUCUUUACACUGGUGACUACUAGAAAUGUAAUCUCUUUACACUGGUGACUACUAGAAAUGUAAUCUGUUUACACUGGUGACUACUAGAAAUGUAAUCUCUUUACACU